UUGUGGGAUUAGGGUUAGGGAUAUUAUUAUUUUUGUAAUCGGUCAUUAUUGCGAUUUGCGAUAAGCUUUAUCAAUAUCUAAUAUAAACAACAAAAAAAGCUACAAGUUGUUCUUUAGUGGUACAUGUGCAUUAAAACUUUAAAUAGUUAUUAAGCUAAGACUUCUUAUGGGUUUGAACUGGAAUCUAUGACAUAAAAAUCAUAAUAAAAUAAUUUAGGGCAGGUAUAUUGCAUUUCAUAAAAUGAAUGAUAAAAUGUCUGAAGUGGAAGAAAAAGUUGUUAUGACUCCUAAAAGCAAAACUGCAACAUCAACCACAUUAAUUGUGGAGAGGAAAGCAGUUGUUGCUGAACCCAGUGAUAAGAUUCAUGUAGCAGGAGGAGACCAUACUGGAAUAAUUAUCAAUAAGGAAAAGAAUUUGGAGAAUGGUGUAACAGAACAGUGCCAUGCACAAUUAGAGUUCUGUGUGUAUCUAGUAUCUGCUGUGGAUGGAUCACAUACCAGGGAAGCUAGAGCACUUCGAUUUUGGUUUAAACCCACAGUUCCUCUACAAGACUGUCCACAUGAAGCACAAGCCUUCUUUAGAGAACUUGUUAGCCCUCAAAAUUUUCCUAAGGAUUAUGUGGGCUUCAUUAAAAAGAUCAUAAAAUUGAUGCAAAAUAAAUACCAUGAAUUAAAAGUUUUGGAAGUUGAACUCAGGCAGGAAGGUCAUGCAACUCCACCUCCAGUGGCGAAUGGUGUACUAACGAAGUUCAGCGACGAAGAAAAUCAGGCAAAUCAAACAUACCUAUCUGAACAGAGGGUGUUGGAUAUGAUCGAGAAUGCUUACCCGAAUCCUUUGACUGUUGAAGAUUUUGUAACUGUUGGAAGAUGGUCAAAGGCAGAAGUGAAGGAUGCUUUGGAGUCGCUGGAAGAGAAGGGACUUACAAGAACCAUGUCAGAAGGAUUGUAUAUUCGUCAACAUAGUGUAGAUACUCAGGUUGUAAAACAAAUGCCGACGCUGAGUUCUUCCCGACAACCUUCCAUAGCUGUGGUGACCGCGUUGUACUGCGAGAAGCAAGCCGUCGACGCGAUGAUGGACAAUCAAGAGACAUAUGUGCGGUAUACGACCGUCGGUGAGUCGAACGUGUACACUCUGGGCACGAUAGGUGCUCACCGUGUGGUGACAACUAAGUUGCCAUCUGUCGGACGCACAAGGGAAGCUAUGACGGCGGCUGGUAACACCACAACGAGACUGCUUGGGAUCUUUCAAAAGGUGGAGUACGUAUUCUUGGUGGGGGUGGGUGGCGGAGUACCACACUACACUGACUACACCAAACACGUGCGUCUGGGAGACGUUGUCGUGUCUACACCAGCGAAGGACUUACCCGAUAAAUAUGUCUACGUGUUCUGUGAGAAGGCGGAACGCAACGAGAAGGGUAGUUGGGAGUAUGAAGUGAAGCCGUACAAGCCGAUGAACUUUCUGCUGCAAGAACUGGCGAUACAGAUCGUUAACACCUGCACGCCUUGGACCACGUUUGCACAGGAAGGCUUGGAGCGACUGAGGGGAGUUCCGGGUCGCUGGGAGAAACCCGAGAAAGGCACGGAUCGUCUUACCGUGGACGUUGGCGACGGAGCCUUUAUUGAAGUGUCACAUCCAUCACCUCAAGGGGAUCAGAUGGGUUCUCGAGUGCACUGCGCGCCGGUGGCGAGCGGUCGCGCGGUGUCGAGUGCGGGCGAGGUGCGAGCCGCUUUCGCCGCGCAUGCGCGUGCGCUCGCCUACGACUGUGAGCUGGACGCCGUGCUCGAUAGUGUCGUGGGCAACAGGAAGGACUGCUUCAUCUCCAUACGAGGCAUUGCUGAUUAUCGAGAUGGCACCAGAGGCAAGGAAUGGCAGCCUCAUGCAGCUUUGUCAGCAGCCGCCGUGAUGAAGGCCAUCAUUGCUGCGAUGGACCCACCUUCCGAUUAAACUCAGGCAAAAAAUUAUACUUCUUCUCAUUUUUUAAAGUAAUAAAAAAUUAGACUAUCCAACCAAAUUCUUUAAGGUGCAUAUCUAUUGUUGAAAUCACGAGUAGAAUGUUAUCAUAGAGUAGAUAAGUAGUUGUUAGCAACCUCGAGUCUUAGACCAAACUACAGGUAACUUGCCUUAUAUUUUAUCCAUUAGUUAUAUGAAGUUUUAAAUUUCAUAGUACAUUAUACACAACAUACUUUAUAUUGUUGAAGCCCAGCUGUUUUAUGAUGUUUUGAACAUUAAUAAGAAUGUCUUUUGAAGCAAUUCUGUUGAACCAUAGAGUCAUGUGGGGAGUCUGAUAGAGUAUUUAGUUAGUUAAUAACUAUAUUAAUAAAUUAAGUCUUAAACCUUAACACUUCUGAAAAAAAGGAUUAAUCCGAUUGAUUCUAAAUGCGCACACUUACCCUUAGUACGGACCAAGGGUAAGUGUGCGCAACUAACGCACUUAAGUGGAUUUGUAAUGCCCUAAGCAAACUGAUUUUAAUAACACUUACAUAAUUUUAUUGAGAUAUAACUACGAAUGUUAGGUAUGCGAAAUAAACAGCUCAGAUACAUUAUUGACGGAAAAAAAUCUUAGUACGGGCUAAGGGUAAGUGUGCGCACUUGUGCGGGGUAAAUUUGCGCAACUAAAGGAACUAAGUGGAUUUUUAAUGCCCUAAGCAAACUGAUUUUAAUCUAAGUAUUCUUAGAAAACUUUAUUGAGGCAUAACAUAACUUCGGAUGUUAUGCUUAAUAAACAGCUCAGAUACAUUUUUGACCGAAAAAAAAAGAAAUUACUUUAGUUACUAUCCUUAGUGCAAUGUGACAAUCUUUUCAAAUUUGCUAUGACAGUAAAUUUAAACUUUACAUCACCAGAUUCUAAUAUGUUAUUUUUUCAAUAAACUCAUGACACCAUAUGGGUUUUUCCUACUUAAGCUGAUUUUAAAUCAAUAAAUUUUUAAUUUGCCUACACAUUUCACAAAACCCCAUUUCCCCCCUUUCCAGUCAUAAAUAGCUUACCCCGUUGCGCACACUUACCCGCUGCGCACAGUUACCCCACGUGACUCUAAAGCUCACAAAAGCUUCCUAAUAGUUAUGUUGUUUAAUACAUUCCUUAUUAGUAUAUUUUAUAAUAUAUUUCAUGUUACCUUUUAUAACUUUAUUGUAUUUUACAUGACAUUAGCUGUAACAAUAAUAAAAAGGUCGAAUUAAUCAAACCCAUUAUUAAUGAAAACAAUACAAGUUGUUGUUGCUAUUUAAAAUGUGAGGCCUUAAUUACUAUAUUGUUUGUGUGAUUUUAUAUUUAAGCAACAUUUUAUAAUGUUCUUAACUUGCUUGUUUAAUUAUAAUGUUUAUGUGUGAUAUGGUCGCGCAGCAAUAGAAUUAGGUCAAUAACCCCCCACUAAAUAGUGUAAAUACACUUAUUCGCUUGGUCACACAAUUUAUGUAAGAUGUUUAGCACACUGGAGUUGACCAUGAUCAUACAUUAGUAGUUUUUAGCUAGUUGUCUACCAGUUUAGUAGUUGGUUUUUACUACUUUACACUUUGACACUGCCAUUAGGCCUAAAUGGGUACUAUAUAAUGUAAUAAUAAUUAUUAUAUGUUGACCAAUUUGUUAUGAAGAAGAAACCAAAGGACAAUUUGGCUGUUUAGAACAGGUCUAGUCACCUGAAAUAUUUUAUUUACACCUUUUACAUAUUAUGUCGUACUGUGUAAUUCACAAAUUUAAUAUAUUACUUAGAUUUAAAAAAAUGUGUUGUAUCAUUUUAAAUUGAGAUCUUUUUAGAACUAACAAUUAAUUUAAAACAUAUUUAUUUGUGCUAUAAUAAUGAAACGUAUUGAGUGUCUUUGUAUUUUAAUACAUUUUGUGUAUGUACCAAUUACUGUUGUAUUAAUUAUUUUGUAAUGAAUAAAGCAUUUGUUAAAAA